AUGGUCGAUAAUCAUUCCGACCCCGUCCUUGACUCGCGAGACAGUGAACCGCUGCUGGGUCGUCCCGGGGACGUCACCCAACGAUCUGAUGAGGGCAUUUACCGCAAUAUUUUCACAGGUACGAAAAGUCCUGGAGAUCAGUGUCUUCAAUACUCCAUGCUAACUGCCCUUCGAUACAGGCACCGCCACUAUCGCGCAGGCUGGCAUUUGGAUUCAUUAGUCUGGCAAGGUGUGCUUUACCAGCCAAUCUCGUUGUUCACUCCCCAUCCACUCCUCGGCAUUUCGGGUCUUUUGCUUCAAGUCCAAGCAGCACUUGUCCUACAACCCACUGCAACCCCGCAACAGAAGCAGGCCGGCACUCGCAUCCACUAUAUAGUCCAACUACUGAGCGUCGUUCUGUUCCUUUCUGCCUUCACCAUCAUCGAGAUCAACAAGGGCACCCAUCCGCACUUUGUCUCCCCACAUGGGGUCCUGGGCCUGAUCACCGUGAUCAUCAUCGUACUCCAGGCUUUAGUGGGAGUCUUCCAGUACUUCGUGCCGGUCACGGUCUUUGGAAGCGUCGACGCAGGAAAACUGAUCUACAAAUAUCACCGCUGGAGUGGCUAUGUUUUGUUACUGCUGGAGAUGGCGACUGUCGUGGCGGCGACCCAGACCGGAUACAACCUAGCCGCGAUACAUAUUCCUCUCUGGGGCGUGCUGGUUUCGAUUGUCUUGGUGCUGGCGGGUGUGGGCGCCAGAAUCAAGAAGCACAAGCUGGGGUUAUAA